AUUGGAUUUUCAAACGAAACGCGAAGCACAAAGUCGCAUAAGAAACAAGAAGAAGACGAUCAGAGAAGAAACCGAAGAAACGAAAGAUACGCCGUCGAUGGAUCCCCCGCAGUAUCCCCACCACCUCACAAGGUACGCUCCUUCUUCCAAUCCCUACCCUUCCGACAACCAUCCAAAUUUGCCAAACUACCCUCACCGCCACCACAACACCAACCACAACUACACACACCACCACCACUCACAACAACCGCCACCACCACAGCAAUUCCUCCAACCUCCGCCCCCUCCACCACCACCCCAAACGUCGCCGUAUCACUCUCUUCCCCCACCGCCCCUGCCCCCGCCCCCUCCCCCGCCACAUCUCACCUUCGAGACCGAACGCUCCAGAACCUUCCUCCCCCUUCACGACUACCCCGUCUCCUCCCCUCGGUCGCGGUCGCCCAUUCGGAGCGCCCUCGCCACCACCGAUUGCUCCAAUUUGAAUCGCCUUACGUCGAAUCCAAUCCCGUUUCUUGGGAUUCUUCUAGGGCUUUUCACGAUUACGAUCGUGAAUUGCAUAAACCCCAAUUUAGGGUUGAAUCAGAGGGUAAUGGUAGUGCUAGGUUUAGGGCUGACUACAAUGAACAGCUGCUCCGGGACCAUCGGGCCCCCGUGGACGACGAUUAUAUCAGUCGCCGCCGUGCUCGUGCAGAACCCAGUUCCGAUGGAAAGUAUCGCGAAUUGGGGUUUGCGUCAAGCCAGAAUUUGAAGAGUCUUUUAGAUUCGAAUUCGGGUGGCUAUGAUGGCCGGUAUGAUGAGUUGAGGAGUGGUGGUAGGAGAGAUGAGGUGCAUGAGAAUAAUCAGAGAUGGGUUCGUAAUGAUAGAGAAGCUACUAGAGAGUUAUAUGAUCCAUUCGUGUUCGAUGAGGGUAACAGGGGCCGGAAUGUUUCGGCGAAGCGGGAUUAUUAUGGUUCAGAAUCUGAAAGAGGGAGUAGUACUAGUAAUAGGAGGAAGCAGAUACAAAAGAAGAGUGUUUUACUCAGGCUUCAAACGGCGAAACCUAGUCACCGGAAUGGUUCUGCUUAUUUUGAUAAUUCUGGCUCUAGUUCCCACAAGGGGAAAGGAUACUAUGAGUAUUCGGGUCGCGAGAUGGGUGAAGUUGAGAGAGGUGCGAAUUCUUUGGAACUUGAUGUUUCUUUUAAAUCGAAUUCACUAGUGGCGAAGGCAGUUGGAAAUAGGGAUGCUAAGAUAGAUUCAGUGUACAGCAGGGAUUUGUCAAAUUUGAAACUCAGUAGAGACAGUGAGAAUGCUGCACCUGUACGUUUGCGAAGCUCCAUAGUUGUUGCAAAUAAGACAUCCAGUUCAGACAAGGACCCACGACAGUUGGAAGAGGAAGUGAACAUAUCUGGUAUGGAGAAUAGGUGUGAUAUCGAACAGCCCGGUUCUAAUGCGACCGGUGAUUCUUCUGGAAAGAGUGAAGUGGAAAGGGCUACAGAGGGUAACACAAAGGGUAAGGUUUUACAAAGAGAUGGUAAAAAGGCUGGUUCUGCUCAAAUGUCUUCUCUUAAGGUUACUAAGAAGAAAAAAGUGGUGAAGAAAGUAGUGAAAAAGGUUGUAAACCCUCGUCCACAGCCAAAAAAGAAGAUUGAUGAACCACAGGCAGCAGAUAGCUAUAUUUGUAGUCCAUCUACAGCCUUUGGGACUGAAAAGGGUGAAACCUCUUCACUGAGCAUGGUAUCGGAUGAACAUGGCACUGAUGCCAACUCUUGUAGUAAGAGUACUGGGAAAACUUCAACUUGUAAUUUGGGUUCUUCAAGUUGUGAAGAAAUUAAUAUUGAUCAGGCUUGUCCAACUGUAGAUGCUUCUGUCCAGGGCUUGCUUAAGAGUUCAAAUUUUACCAACAAUGUAACUGAUUCACUUAGGGUAGCUACUUGUCCAGAAACUGGUUGCGUUGUAGAUGUCAGCAAACAGAUAUGUCAGAGUGGAGACAGUUUAUCGCUUGAUAAUGUCAUACGAACAGAGUCAUCAGAGUCCAGAUUGUCUGUAGAAGGCAAUGCCAAUUCUGGGCUUUUAAGUUCAGAGAAAACUACGACGCAUGGAGACAUUAUGAAUGUAAAUGGCUCUGGCCAUGGUGCAGAAACCAACUUGGAUAUUGACGGUGGUAUAAAAGUAUCUUAUCAAGAAGUCAUGGUUCAUGACAUUGGCAAUGUGGAUGCCAUCAGCGAGCAACCUUGUACACAUCAGCUCCCAACAUCACUACAAAUUGGUUCUGUGGAAGAACUUCCAAAGGCUAUAUCUUCAGCAGAAAGCAGCAUGACUGUUGGUUUAUCAAGUUCGGGGAAGACCUUUGCUGUCUGCUCCGAUGAUGGUAGAGGUACUGCACGGAACUCUGAUAAAGUUAGUAAUGAGAAUAUUAUUGUUCCUAAUGGUGGGAAUGCCAAUUUUGUCGGCACGCAAGCAUCUGCAGAUGGUGCCUCCAGAUCAUUGUUAGUUGUGGACACCGAAGGAUCUUCAAAGAUUGCAAAUUCAGCUGGAGAUCGUAAGAGUGUUACAUUCAAGAUUAAAAAGAAGAGAAAAUUUAGGACUCUGUUAGACUCUUCAAGAGCUUCCAACACUAUUGUAGAGCCUAGAAAUGUUUCUGCCCAUGAAAAUUCUGUGGAUAUGGCAGUAAGUUCAUCCCUGAAGGAUGCUAGUUGUGCAGAAGUUGCUGUUUCUGGUGUUGAAAAGUUAGAUACGGGCUCUCAACCUGAUAAUGACGGGGUCAGUGUUCUGCGUGGGAACAGCUCACUAGAUGGGAUUUCUGAGGCUAAGUUAUCAGCUAGAAGUGAUGUUAACUCUGAUCCUGAUGAGACUUCACUGAAGUAUAUAAAGAGGAGAAAAGUAUCCACCUCUCAUCUGGUAGGGACUACCUCUCAAACCAAUGACGGACCUGCAGAUAACUCUACAUCUUAUGCAGAAGCACCUUGGACUAAUGAUGAUCCAACACAAGAAGACGAAGUUACUGCUUCCAGCAUAGGUUUUCUCUCUGCUACUGCUAAUUUAAUUCCUUCUCAAGAGGGAAGCACUGUAUUAUUUGUGGAUGAUUUAGCAGCUGUAUCUGCAGCUAGGGAUGCCCUUACUAAUGAUGGUAUGAACUUUGAGCACCAAGGUGUUGAAUCAUGUACACUUUAUGAAGAAUCAGUUCCGGAUACAUCAUUCCUUUGUCCCUCACCAUUGAGGAAUGAACAAAAAGAGGCUAGCACUCAAGCUCUGGUUGUAAAUAGCCAUCAGCUUGACAUUAUGGACGUAGAAAGUAACCUAGAAGAAAAUUUUGGUAUAUUUUCAACAGAUGAGCAAGUUAUGAUGCAAGGUGAGACUGCUCUAUGCAGCGUUUCUUCAGAAGUCCAGCCUCCAGACUCAAGCAAUAAAUUUUCCUGCACAGACAUGGAAUCAAAUUAUGUCUCUGUGAAGGAGAAAUUGCCCGUUGAGUCAAAUUGUCUGUUGUUAUGUGCCAAUAACAAUGCAGUAUCUACUACUAACUCUAAUGAUGAAGGAACGGAGUUUGUGCAUGAUACAGUAUCAGAUAAGGGUUCUCCAGAAACUUCAACUGAUGUCCUUUACAUGCAGAUGCUACCUUGUAGUCCAUCAGUUAUCAAAAUUUCUGAUGAAAAAGCUGGUGGGGUUGACCAGCAAUUGGAUUUGAAGUCAGUGGUUGAAGGUGGUUCCAAUGCAUUGGCUAAAAAUUCAUCAUCAGGUGGUACCAAUUCAGUGAUGGGGAAGUCAGUAGCUUUACCUUUGCAAAAUAUCAAAAAGACAACUCAUGGUUCGAAUCUCGUAAGCACGGAAUCUGGUUUGAAGAACCAGCUGGGUCAAGCUACUCGUGGGAUUGUGCCAGGUCGUUCAUAUUCGGUCUCUUCUACCUCAAUGAAGACUGCCUCUUCAACUCAUAUUGCAAAGCCUCGGACUUGGCAUCGAAAUGGUAAUUCAUCUUCAUCUCCUCUUCCUGUAAGCAUGCCUUUAUCUAGUACUGUUCCACCCCAAAGGCAGUUGCCACAAAGGAAUGGAAAAUUUCAAAGUAAUUCGUAUGUGCGUAAAGGUAACAGCCUUGUUAGAAAACCUCCAGUUGCUGCUCCGCAAAGCUCCCAUGGGUUUAGUUCAGCUAUUUAUCAGUUGAACUCUUCAUGGAAUAGAUGGUUUGAAGAAGAAUGCAGGAUCUGCAGUAGGAUUGAUGUGAAAAUGCCUCCAAGUCUCAUGAGAACUGGAGAAAUGAAUGCUCCUUUUGAUAGGCCGACACCCCAACUACCUAUUGCACCCAUAUUAUCUACUUGUCCUGCAAUCUCUUUCGGGGUUCGUGCAUCAUCCCCGGUGUCUGAGCCUCUUAGUGGUGAAACCAAGUUAGAUCCUAUGAAUUCUUUGGACACCAAAGAUGCACAAACAUUUGCCAAGGACUCACUGACAAUUUCUGAAACUCAGGAAAAUCAGAGUGGUUCGCUCAAUAAUUUGGAAAACCAGAAUGUACUGCAUGAUGAGAAUUUGGCACCUCCAAAUACCAAGAAGAUUGUAAAUGGAAAGUGCACGUUAAAUCAGUUGGUUGCAACUUCAAGUCCUUGUGACCUUCCGGUCCACAGUGCUGAUAAGAUCCAGCACUCAUCUUCUGAUGGCUACUACAAGAGGCGCAAAAAUCAGCUAAUCAGGACAUCUUUGGAAUGUCAUGCUAUCAUGCCUGAUGACAAUUUAAACUUACAGCUGCAAAGGGUUCCUAAGAUUGUCCCCAGAAGAACAUAUGGCAAGAAACGAUCACACAAGGCUGUUGCAAAAACAAGUAAAACUGGAAAAAACUCUUUGGUGUGGACACCGCAUGCUACACAGUCAUCAAACAAUGAUGGUGGUUCACUUAACCAUCAGAAGGUAGUGCCUUACCUGUUUCCAUGGAAAAGAGCAAGACACUGGAGGACUUUCAUGCAAAGUCAGGCUUCCAGUUUCAAAUAUAGUUCCGCACCCACAAUCAGUAAGAAAUUGCUGUUGUCAAGAAGGCGGGAUACUUUGUACACUAAGUCAACCCACGGCUUUUCGCUUAAAAUGUACAAGGUAUUAAGUGUUGGUGGGGCCAGUUUAAAAUGGUCAAAAUCCCUUGAAAGGCAAUCAAAGGAAGCUAAUGAGGAAGCUACACGUGCUGUUGCUGCAGUGGAGAAGAAGAAAAGAGAACACAAUGGUGCUGCAUGCAUUAGUUUGGGGUCUAAGUUUAGAAAUAAUUUGUCAGGAAAACGUAUAUUUCGCAUUGGUUCUGUCCGGUACAAAAUGGAUCCUUCAAGGCGAACACUAAAAAGGAUUUCAGAUGACGAAUCGUCAAGCUCUGGUGUGCUCAAUCCUGAAAAGGAUCCCAAGAGAUCUUAUGUUCCAAAGAGAUUGGUGAUUGGCAAUGAUGAAUAUUUGCGGAUUGGCAAUGGUAACCAGCUUAUUAGAAAUCCGAAGAAGAGAACUCGCAUAUUGGCUAGUGAAAGAGUCCGAUGGAGUUUGCACACGGCCAGACUGCGGCUGGCAAAAAAGCGGAAGUACUGUCAGUUUUUUACAAGAUUUGGGAAGUGCAAUAAGGAUGAUGGAAAAUGUCCCUAUAUCCAUGACUCCUCUAAAGUUGCAGUCUGCACAAAGUUUCUGAAGGGUUUAUGUUCCAAUCCCAAUUGCAAAUUGACUCAUCAGGUCAUUCCUGAAAGAAUGCCGGACUGUUCUUACUAUUUGCAAGGUUUAUGCUCCAAUCAAAAUUGCCCUUACAGACAUGUGAAUGUGAAUCCAAAGGCAUCUACUUGUGAAGGAUUUCUUAAGGGCUAUUGUGCUGACGGGAAUGAGUGCCGGAAGAAGCACAGCUAUGUUUGCCUGUCCUUUGAAGCAACCGGAACCUGUCCGCAAGGGCCUAAAUGCAAGCUUCACCACCCCAGAAACCGAGCAAAGGAAAAGAAAAGAAAACGAUCAAGAGAACACAGAAAUGCUUGGGGCCGUUACUUUGUUUCCAAGGAUAUAACUGUUUCCAAACCGAGAACAGUGUCUGGAAAGCAGUCUGCACAGAACAGCGAUGACAUAAUUGUUGACGGAGUCGCUGAUUUCAUUAGCAUUGAUGUUAGUGAUGAGGAGGUUGGAGAAACUAAUGAUCCAAUACAGGAGCAAGCUGCAUAUUGUGACAGCGAUUCGUCGGAAUUGGAAUUAGAUGAUCUUGAUGAACUGAUUAAACCGAUUCGUUUACUGGAAAGGUUGAAGGCAAAUGCUUCAUGACAGACGCAGCUCAAGGGGGGACAACAUGGAAUUAGCUAUGGUAUGCAGUAAUUAGUCUGUUGUAAGUAAAUUUUGUUUUCCCAAACUUUGAUUCUGCAAUGGCGAGUAUGACCGCCAUCGCAUAGGAAGACAUACAGAGAGUAUUAUACUGGAAAUAAAAGAGCAGGUGCAGGAGAAUCCGCUGUUCUUACCGGAAACCCGGGGCUCUUCUAGCCAAUCCAUCGUCCUCAGAUUUACCGGAGGCCUGCACUCUUGUUAUAGGUUUUUAUUUUUUUCUUAGCCGGGGAAUUGAGAUAUUUUUUUUUUCUUUUUUCUUUUAGCUUUUUCCUCCCUACUAAAUUGUAUAGUGUACAUUUGCAACACUAUCAAGUUUCUAAUAAGAAAAUAUUGCAUUCAUGUUUUCA